AUGAAGUGGCCACACUUGAAGGAGAACUUCACGACCACCUUUGAGAACACAGUGACGCUGGUCAACGGAAGUGAAAUCACCGUCACCGACGGCAAAGCACCAGCUCUCGAACCAGGAGAGACAGGAAUGGUGAUAUCUAUGCAGUUUGCCGUAACUGGAAAUAUUGAUGACGAAGACGAGGUCGUGUUACAGGAUUUCUUGAAUAAGUUGCUCCAGGGACCGAAGCAGCUUAUGAGAAAUUGA